AUGGGUGGAACGCACACGCACGACCUAACCGCCUCCUUCACGAGGCCUCGUUCGCCCGUCGCCGACCCUCGCACCGAAACGCCUGCGAGCAGGUUUUUCAUUCCGGACGCGUAUGGCAUCGACCACUACGCUGCCACCGCCCAUCAUGACGACGAUGACGACCGCGGCUCGUGGUCGAUCAAGUCGGAGGCAUACGACGACGACGACGACGACGAUGACGAGGCGAUGGCAGAGAGUGACUGGGACCCCCGCGAGGCCGCCGUCAUCCGCCGCGAGGCCGAAGCCCGCACCUUUAUGCCGGCUCCGGACCCGAUCUUCUACUUGGGCGACACGCGCAUCAGCAGCGCCAACUACACGUGUCCGAGGCAGCUGCGCAAGACUGUGCUCUCCAACGCCGAGCCGCGCCCACUGAACCUGGUGGUGUGCAUCAUUGCCAAUGCGCCAAGCAAGAAGAACGGCUCGUCCAAGUACCGCCUUUUGCAGGUCGACCUUGGUGAUGGUGUCGAGAUGGACGUGCAGGCGCACAUUGGCUCCGACCUGUACAAAGUUGACAGGAGGUACAACCCUUUUCCUGAAGGCGCCAUCGUCAUUCUGGAGGACGUUCGGGGCGUCUUCCGCGGCAGCGCUCUGGCGCUGGACUUCCACCCCUGCUCGCGCAUCAGCAGGUGUGACGAACUCGGCGUCACCUGGGAGCAGCUGCAAGAAUGGCAUCAGAAGAUGACCAUGCUUCUUCCGAGGCCGCCUUUCCGUCGCCGAAGCCGAGACGAGACGCUUCCGCUAGCGGGUGUGAGUGCGCAGUCGAUUCAUCCCCUCGCCAAACGCCUUCGCGGCCGCUGUUCUGUCGAUGCAGAGAGCUCGGCCGCGAAAAACACAAAUGGCUGGAUUGAUACUGUCGCCGAUGUCGAUGAGGAAGAGACGCCGAAAACGACGAGCGCGAAACUGCAAACACAAUGUUGCGCUCAAGUGUUUCUGAAUGCAAUCGUUGGCUCAGUGUCAUUGUCUUGA